GCCCUAUCGCCGCGCUGCACACGGGGCAAGCAACGCGUACCAGCCACAUGCAGCAGGGGACGAUGCCUCUCCAGAGUUACAAGGUUCAGCUGCACAGCCACCUGGACACGUACAUGCGUCACGAGACCAUCUGGGAGCUGUCCCAACAAAAGGACCUUGGUCUGAACUACAACACCAUUGAAGAUGUACGGGAACGAACGAAACCUAAGAAAUGCACCAGCCUUGACACUUACCUAACUGAAGUUCCUAACUUCCUCAGGACCAUCCUGGGCGACCGCGAUGCCCUGGAGCGCGUGGCGUACGAGGCGGGCUUGGACCAGGCAGGCGAGCGUGUUCUCUACAGCGAGAUGCGGAUUCCACCGCAGCUGCUGGCCGCGUCCAGCACCGUGCUUCCGCUUGACGGCUCGCCAGCCUCAGCGGUCAGCGGCAGGGAUGUCGUGGACGCCGCGCUGGCGGGUCUGCGCCGCGCCGAGCGGGAAGCCGACAUCAAGCUCCGGCUCAUACUCACGUGCCUGCGCGGAACGCCCGAGUGGGCGCCCGAGGUGCUGGACCUCUGCCGUGAGUACAAGGACCGGGGUGUGGUCGGCAUCGACGUCUGCGGCGUGGUCGCACUGCGAGCUGAGGACGGGUCGGCCGCGCCUUCGCCCUCGAUCACGUACGGAGAGGAGAUCACCCACCCGCUCAUCGUACAAACAUUCGAGCGUGCCGCCUCGUGGGGCGUCCACCGGACUGCUCACGCGGGCGAGGCCGGUCCCCCGGCCACCGUGCUGAGGGCCAUGCGUGAGCUUCACGCCGAGCGGAUCGGCCACGGCUACCGAGCCGUCCUCGACGGAGGGCAUGCCUACCGGCAAGCGCUGUCCGCGGGAGUCCACUUCGAGUGCUGCCUGACCAGCAGCAUACUCACCGGGGCGGUCGACCUCAGUGCCCAGGAGCACCCAGUGCUCAGGCUGCGGCGGGAUGGCGCGAGUUUCUCGAUCAGCGUUGACGACCCCGCUAUCACGCACACAAGGCUCGAGGACGAGUACCGCCUGGCGCUCAUGCUCGGACUCGGCCCCGGCGACCUGCUGCAAUGCAACCGGUCGGCCAUAUCCGCCUGCUUCUUACCUGCAGAUGAAAAAUGGGAACUCCGGCAGAAAUUCGACAAACUCACAAAUGCAGAGACGGCGGACGCAUGAUGCGUGCCUUUUCUUUGAAAACUGGAAAUAAAGCUCGUACACGCAUUUUAAAAUUGGCACGAACCGCCCUGAUAAUACCAUUUACAAUAAAGUGCUAAGUCGGGCCGGUUGGUACGUAUACAUGUCUGAAUAAAACGUAACAGCGCAAACAACGGGACGUCUGUCUCAGUCACGUCCCGUUGUUUGGGCUGUUACUCGUUUUCUUCCGACCCUUUACAAGGACAAGUAAAAUUUGGAUUUUUUUAUUAGCCUCGUGCGCGACCGAUGGCGGCGCUGCGAACGGCGCUCCGGUGACCUCAGACGGGGGACUCACCUUUGUCGUCUGCUACGCUCCCGCUAAAAUAGCUUCAUUUCCACGCGUUUGCUCGCGC